AUGAGUGAUUUUGAAAAGGCCGAAGCUGCGACUAGUUCAGUCCAUGCUACUGAUGAUCAGUUUGAAUUCUUCCAACAGACUAGAGGCCUCGAGUAUACGAAAGAAGAGGGCAAGAAAGUGUUAAGAAAAAUUGACAUUCAAAUAAUCCCAAUUUUGUUUGUUAUUUAUGCUCUUCAGUAUCUUGAUAAAAACAGUAUCAACUUUGCCUCUGUUUAUGGUCUAAAAGAAGACACCCACCUCGUUGGACAAGAUUAUUCAUGGCUUAGCUCAAUAUUCUACUUUGGCUAUAUGUUUGCACAAAUACCAGCAGGAUUUCUUAUUCAAAAACUACCUGUUGGCAAGGUCUUGGGAGUCACGACCAUAGUAUGGGGUGGUGUCCUUAUGACAACUCCGGCAUGCCACAACUUCGCUGGAAUCGCUUCAAACCGCUUCAUCCUCGGCAUGGUAGAAGCCAUCGUCAGCCCAGGACUUGUGCUGAUGAUGGGCAUGUGGUACACAUCAAAAGAGCAGCCUUUGAGACUUGAAGCAUGGUAUUGCACCAACGGUAUUGCUACCAUGUUCGGUGGACUGAUUGGUUAUGCCGUUGGACACAUCACAUCCGGACUGCCGCAGUGGAUGUAUGUCUUCCUCAUUUUCGGAUCUGCUUCCGUUGCAACUGGAAUUUUCGCUCUUUGGUUCCUUCCAGAUCUUCCGUCCACUGCAAAGUUCCUCACGGAGCGACAGAGAGCCAUUGCCGUUGAUCGUGUGGCUUCGAAUCGGCAGGGAGUGAAGAGCCAGGAGUUCAAGUGGUAUCAGGUGCGACAGACAGCGCUAGACCCUAAGACAUGGCUUCUGUUCAUCCUAGCAGUCGGAGCACAAGUACCCAACUCAGCCCUAACGAGUUUCACAUCUAUCAUUGUCAAAUCAUUUGGCUUCGGUACUCUUGGAAGUCAAUAUAUGCAAAUCCCCGGCGGCGCAGUGCAGUUUGUCACCAUCCUCGCCGGUGGAAUCAUUGCCACGAAAUUCGACGGCAAGUUUCACUCGCGAAGCAUUUGCAUGAUCGUCGCCUGUCUCAUCUGCAUUGUCGGAGCAGGCCUGCUUGUUGGCCUUCCGAACGACAACAAAUGGGGUCGUCUGGUCGCUCUAUGGCUGUGCUAUUUCCAGGGUCUAGGAUUUAGUAUGAGUUUGACAAUUGUUUCCUCCAACAUUGCCGGCUACACCAAGAAGCAGGUAACAGCUGCUAUUCUUUUCAUUGGAUACUGUGUUGGAAAUAUCAUCGGGCCCCAGACCUUUAAGAGUUCAGAGAAACCGGGCUACCACAGUGCCUACAUUGCUAUGCUCGUUGGCUACUCGGUCAAGCUUUUUGCGAUUAUAGCCUUGUACCUGUACAUGCACUACGAAAAUAAGCGCCGAGACCGCGAGGCACUGGCUGCCGGCGAUCUUGGUGAGCAAGACGAGGGAGUGAGCAGUGGCAUGUUGGAUCAAACGGAGCUCGACAACAAGCACUUCAGAUAUGUGUUGUAG